AUGGACGCAUAUCGAAUGCUGAUAUUUGCCACAUUCAUGUUUGUUUCUGUGACAAGUUUGCUACCAUGGAAUUUGUUUAUAAAUGCGCAUGAGUACUAUCAUUACAAGCUACGCAAUGUUACCGGAAAUAUAACUCUAAUUCAUGAAAAAGAUGGCAGCACUGAACUACAACGUUCCUACGAAGGCUGGGUUACGCUUACAGGUGGUAUUUCAUGCGCCUUUGGUUCGGGAAUAAAUUUUUUGACAACAGGACGGUAAGGUUUUUGAAUUUCUUGCGCUUUUAUCUGAAAUUUAGUGCUUUAUACUUCACGUUGAACUUCGUUAUGGUAUCAGUAAUCGUUGAAAUCGUUGGAAUUUCUAACUGUAGAAAGUACAGAAGCUAGUCAUACCAAAAGAUAACUUCCCCAUCUUUUACAACGCGUGACCUGAAGUUGCUCGAGGGUCUCUUGAGCAUCGGAACAUCAGCUGUGUUAGCGUCUAACUCUUAUGUUAGAUGCAACUGUUGACUAAGUUUUCUCGUUCAAAUUGCUUGAUCUUAAUUUGUAAACAUUCGGCUUAAUGUGAUUGAAGAUCCCGAAAAUAUACCAGAUCAAGCGCAUUAACUUAUCUUUUCCAUUCCGGCAAAACAUUCAGGAAAAGACUGAUUAUAUCAAGGAAACCUUUGCUGUAUUUUCGAUCAAAAAGUGUACCUUAUAUAUAUAUAUAUAUAUAUAUUUUUUUUUCAUACUGGGACACUCAUUACGAAUUCG